UCCAUCCACUGCGAUAUCAACACCCGCCCGCCUUGAAAUAACCGCGAUUCAAUCAACGAAACCCCUUAAAAUAUAAACAAAGACUAGACAGGUCCAAUAAAAUGAUACCAUCAACAAUGUUUCUCCGCACAGCACGAAUGGUUUUCCUGCCCUUUGCACGAGUUCAAAAUUCGCAUUUGAUUGGUUCGAGAUGUUUUGCUUCGAUGCACAUGGCUAAGAGGCCGACGACGGCGGCUUUGAUGGAGAGGGCGAAGGAGGGUUUGGGUUUGGGAUUGAGUGGGAAGGGGGGGGAACAGGUUAGGGGGAUGAAGGUUAGGAGUUCGGUGAAGAAGUUGUGUGAGGGGUGUAAGGUAUGUUGUGUUUGUUUUGGGAAAUUUUGGGUUCUGGUUUUGGCUUGCGCGAGAGUGGUAGAUGUGGGAUUGAAUAAGGAGUUAAGGAAUUUUCGGGUGAAGGAUUGGAGGUUUGCUGGUUUGCGAUUGUGGGGAAAUGAAUGGAUGGAUGAAUGAAUGCUAAUACCGUAACAAUACAGAGUGUUAGAAGAAAGGGUGGAAAAACGGGGAAAGGACAUGUUUAUAUCAUUUGCUCAUUGAAUCCCAAGCACAAGCAGAGACAGGGGAAAUAGAGCAUUGAACCUACAUGGGUUUGAAAUAACAGGUUAGAGAGUUAGGAAACGAGGGAUUCAGAUCGAAUAGGUUACGAGAUUGCGGAUUACGGACUGCGCACGACUAUGAGGAUAUUAGACUUUCGACGCCAGUGGAUGUGAAAGUUGGGAGGUACGUACUGGAAACUGGGUAUGGCGUUGAUGGAAAGAUAGUUAUGCUAAAGAGUAAAGAAUCAUCUCUGCACAUACACAAGCCAGAAAAUACAUACAUACAAACCCCCAAGACAGUAAAAUACGUAGGGCCUUU